AUGAGAGAGGAAAGAAAGGAAGAAGAUGGGGAGAGUAUAGAAAAUUUAAAAAGAGUAUUAAUAAAAGAAUUCAAAGAAAUAGGGGAGGAGAUUAAGACAAAAAUAGCGGAGGAAAUAGAAAAGAAAGUAGGAGAGAAUAUAAUGAACAAAUUAGAUAGACUGAAGGAAGACCUGAGAGAGGAAUUCAAAGAGAAAGAAAGAAAAUGGGAGGAGGAAAGAAAGGAGACAAACGAUAGAAUUAAAUUUCUAGAAGGAAAAGUGAAGGAAUUAGAAGUAGAAAAGAGAGAAGCGGAGGAGGAAAAGGAAGAAAACAAGAAGGAUAGAAAAGAGAGAUUAGCAAUGAGAUUAUAA